AUGGGCCGCGCACAGUUUGAAUAUGAUGAAGUUGGUAACACUUUCUAUUACGUACUAGUAUCUUUUUACGCCUUAAUCCUUAUACCAGCGACAUUUUUCUUCUGGCCUUCAAGUAAAUCAGAUUCAACGGAAAGAAAGGAACACUGCUGUUGUGAAGGAUGCGCUGAAAAACGUAUCAAAGCAGAGACAAAGCGACCGUGGCGGCGAACGAAAAAAAUUCUUACUUUUUUCGCUUUGGCUGUAGCGUGGGUCAUGUUUUUCAUUAUUGUCCGUAAGGUUACGCAAAUUGAAGUAGAAUACUCUGAAUACGAUCCGUACGCUAUAUUAGGCAUUGAUCAGGGAGCUCCCAUAUCGCUUGUAAAAAAGAAGUAUCGUGAACUUAGUAAAACAAUGCAUCCAGAUAAGGGGGGUGAUCCCGUACAGUUUAAUCGCAUUGCCAAAGCAUAUCAAGCAUUAACAGAUGAAGAAAGUAGAGAAAAUUGGGAAAAAUACGGUAACCCUGAUGGACCGACUGCCACAACUUUUGGUAUUGCACUACCGAAAUGGAUAGUCAGUAAGGAAUACGGUGUUUGGGUGCUUGGUUUUUAUGGCUUUGUGCUAAUGGUCCUACUUCCUUCAGCCGUUGGAUUUUGGUGGUAUAAUUCUAUCAAAUAUAGUGUAGAUCAAGUACUUUUGGACACAACUGAAAUGUAUUACUAUUUCUUUCAUAAAACUCCAAAAAUGGAAAUCAAUCGUAUUUUGAUGGUUCUUGGUGGUUCAUUUGAAUUUUGGAAACAGUAUAAUAAGGAAAUUGUUGAACGUGAGAGUGAUGAUAUUGAGCUUCCACCAUUGAUCAAACAGUUCAAGAAUUUGAGUGAAAAUAAGAAAGAGCGGCCUCUUUGUUUGCCGUAUUCCUUAAAAGCACGAUUCUUUAUACAUGCUCAUUUGUCUCGUUUUCCACUCAGUUCACAUAAUUUAAGAAAUGAUAGUGCUUAUGUGAUUUCGAAAUGUGUAAUGCUUACUAAUGAAAUGUUGACUAUUGCCCAACAUUUAUGCUUUUAUGGAAAUCCUGCUCGUUGCCCAUCAUUGGAUACUAUAGAAAACCUAGCAAAAUUGUUGCCUAUGAUUGUUCAGGCACAGUGGCCUAAAAAUAGUCCUUUAUUGCAGUUACCACAUAUCACAGAGCAAAAUCUGCACCAUUUUCGUCGGAACCGUCUAAUUACAUGUUCAGAUCUCGCAAAUCUGAACGAAAGCAAACGUCGUCAAGUGAUGCAAUCAUUAAGUGAUGCUGACUAUAAUGAUGUUAUUUUUGUCCUGCAGUCAAUGCCAAAAUUGAAUAUUGAUCCUCAUUUUGAGGUGCAAGGUGAAGACGAUGCACAAGAAGUGACUGUUGGAUCCGUAGUAACGCUGAAAAUUAUUUUAACAAGAAGUCCUUUAUUAGAUUCGAAUAAGCGAGAAGAAGAAGUCCGUGAAAUUUAUGAGAAGGACAGAGAAGCGGCAGAGGCCUUAGCUGAUGAAGAAGAAGCGAACGAAGAGAAAGAUAGUAAUAUACCUAAAAGAAAAAUUUGGGAGAAGCCAAAAAAAAAGCAGAAUAAAGCAAAAAUAGUGAGGAAUCGGCAGGGGCAAAAGCCGAAAUUAGUAAAAAAAUUUAUGAAUAAAAAAGAGGAGGACAAAACGAAAACAGAAGAUCAAAAAAAGGAAAGAAAGACAAAUGGUGAUAUAGUUACUAGUGAUGAUAGUGAAAACGAAGGACCGAGUGGAUCAGAGAAAGGAGAUGUUGGGGAAGAAAACGAGAAGGAAAACGACAGUAAUCCCGAAAGGUCUGAUGCAGAAGAAUCUGACAACGAGAAUUGGGCUAAUGAAAACUUUGUUAAAAAAGAAUCGUUUUUGGAGAGUAAAAGUAAAAAAACUCAUCCGGUGCAUUGCCCAUAUUUUCCAGGCGAGAAAUUUGAGUGGUGGUGGUUAUUACUUGUUGAUAAGAAGCUUCGAAAAUUAGUAGUACCAGCAGCGCAUUGCACAACUCUUGUAACGGAACAAACGGUUGAAAUAAAGUUUGCAGCGCCUCAGCACAAAGGAAUUUAUUAUUAUAAUUUAUUAGUCAAAUCAGAUUCUUAUAUGGAUUGCGACUAUUCGCUUGAUCUUAAGUUGGAAGUACAUGAAGCGAAAGAGGUGCCUUUAAUCAAAUAUGACGAUUCGAACGAAGAAGAGCAAAUGGAGGACUCAUCUGAUUAUACGGAGGAUUCGGGAUCAGAACAUGAAUAA